UACAAAGGGCAUCGUUGGUGUCCUGGUAAUCUGCCUGCCACUCUUCUACGUUAGUUACUACCAUGACUACAAGGCUUAUCAAUGGGAAAAAAAGGACAAUUAUCAGGUAUCAGAAACUACAGAAGUUCCUUUUGUCUACCAGAAUCAUUAUGAAGUUGCUCCAAGCCAGGCCACUCUCCAACAAAAGAAAGAACCAGAGGAUCAGGAGAGUAUUAUUACAGAACGGGUGAAGACAAUGAAUAACUACUGCAAUACCAUGGACCAAAAAACCCGUGAUAAGUAUAAGGAAAAAAACAAACCCCCUUACGCGCAUGUAUUAGUGGAUGAUAAACGUAAGUUCAUGUUCUGCACAAUUGCUAAGGUGGCGUGUUCGAACUGGAAAAGGCUUAUGCUUGGAUUAUACGGUGCCGAGGACCCAUUUGAUCGCCGCAGUGUGCGUGUUAAAGGAAACACCGACCUCAAAGAAAUGUCAUUAUCUACUUACAGUCCAAAGGAAAUAGCAUACAGACUGAAAUAUUACACCAAGGCAAUCCUUGUCCGAGAUCCCUUAGAGAGAGUGUUAUCAGCAUAUCGAAAUAAAUUCAAUACGUCAAAUGGUCCAACUUCAAUAUUUACCAAUGUAUAUAGACCAAUGAUUAUCAGGAAAUAUCGCCCUGAUUUACGUAUGAAAAUAAUCGCACGAGAUGAAGUUCGAGUUUCACUUCAAGAGUUUAUACGUUACAUUACACAUCCGCUUGACUUCCCGCAACUGGAAUCAUCGGAUCAUAUGAACGUGCACUGGCAGCCGUACAUUACAUCAUGCGAUCCGUGUCAUGUGAGAUACGAUAUCAUUGCCAAAUAUGAGACACUAGAAGAGGACGUACGUUUUAUCCUGAACAAAAUUAAUGCUUCGAAUUUGAUUAAAUGGCCAGCGAGGAGCGAGCAUUACAAACAACCGCCGACAGCACAACUUGUCUCAGAGAGUUUUAAAAGUGUUUCAUCUGAGGAUUUAAAUGCUCUUAGUUCUAUAUACUACCAUGAUUAUAAAAUAUUCGGCUAUAAAAUUAGAAAAUAA